UGCUGUUUUCACUCUGCCAACCUCAUUGUGGUUCACACUGGUGUUAACCUUUAUUAUCAAAGUGCUGAUGACAUGUUGACUCAAAACCAUGAAAGGGUCACAAUGAAUGGGUUUUUGCUUCUGCUUGAAAAGCAAAUCAUGUUUCUCAAAAUGAGGAUGAUGAACCAAUCAGACGAUUGUAGCGGAAUGUAGGACAAGUUGGUGUUAUUGAAUCUGUUCAAUCUACUGCUGCCACAGUAGUUUAGAACAACAGCUCAGAAGAAGCAGGAGCCGAGAAGCAGACAAGAUGAUGGUGUUUAUUGCAAACAUCUUCCUCCUCUGUGUGUUGUGUGGGGCACAAAUGAAUGAAAUCUCUCAGCCUGAGGCGCUGCAAACACUGAACCUUGGAGACACAGCUACGAUUAAAUGCUACAUAAACAGUGUACUGACAAAUAGAGUUUGGUACAAACUGACUAUAAAGAGGAGACUACAGCUUGUUGCAACUUUUAAUUCUGACUAUAAUUAUACUACCUUUACUGAUGAGCGUUAUUCAUUAAAGACGAAUGCCCUCAACAUGCAUCUGAUCAUAUCUAGAACAUCGUGGGACAAUGUUGGAACGUACUUCUGUGGAGUAGUGCUCUUGGAUGACAUUAAGUUUGGAUCAGGAACCUUUCUGAUGCUGAAAGGUACAAAGAUGAUAAGUGACUCUGUCGUCCAGCUGCCUCAGUCUCAGUCAGUCCAGUCUGGAGACUCUCUGACCCUCAGUUGUUCGGUUCACACUGAAUGCACGGCAGAACACAUGAGUGUCAUGUGGCUGAAAAACUCUGGUCAUUCCGCUCCUGAAAUGAUUUACUCCGCUGGAAAUAACAGCAGCGCCUGCCAGCCGACUGCGAGUGGAGAAACCACUUGUGUGUACAACCUUUUCAUGAGGAACAUCAGCUCUGAUGAUGCUGGAGUUUACUACUGUGUGGUGACUUCAUGUGGACAAAUGCUAUUGGGAAAUGGGACCAAGCUCGCCUUUGAGUCAAACCCUGACACAGGACUGGGUUCCAUCGUCAUUGCACUGAUGCUGUCAAACGUCAUUCUUGGGAUUGCGACAUUCAUUCUUGCAUGGACACUUUGUAGGACUCAAAUGAAAGACUAUUUGGCAGCCGAUGGAUCCGCUGAAGGCAGCCAGACUAGUGGUGAACUCACUUAUGCGGCUGUGAAUUCGUCCUCCAGACACGUCGCUCAGAGACAGUCUGCAGUGAAACACAGAGGAGACUCUGUAAUUUAUUCUAACAUCAGAUACUGUCACCAAGACGGAGGUGCUCCAUAUUGGGAAUAUGGACAAACCAGGGAGAAUGAGGAAGACUGAGUGAGCAGGAAUCUCUUCCAGCUAUGAAAUGUAUUUGCCUUUCAGGUGGCUCAUAGUCAUAUAUAAAAUAGAAACAAAAGAUCUCAGAUUUCAGUCAUGGUGCUUUGCA